UUAACUUUUAUUGAAUAGAAAAUUACUCGAACACGAGUUCAGUUUUCACUCUUUGGCAUUUAGAGAUUACAUUGGAACCUCACAGUAGAGAAAUGCUCAAGGCCCUGUGUAGUAUAAUUGUGCGUUAUAACAUCCCCACUUUACUCUCAAACAGUGAAAACUAUGAAACGCGCCAAACGCAGUUGCAUCGUCGCUAGUCCAACCUGAUACGCACACGUGAGACGUUGUGUAAAAGCGUAUUCUCGCGUUAUUUUGAGGCAGUCUACUAAAAAGUUUCAGUGGCUCCUUUUACACCGCGAAAAGUUUUAAAGAUAAUCAUAUACUUAGUAGCCAUAUACUUGUAAAACGCAACAAUUAGAAAGAAGAUAUCGAGGCAAAAAAAUGGAGGAUAAGAUUAAUGCAUCAAUUGAAGACAAUUCGCUUUCUACAGAGUAUACCUUACGUCCAAUAGUGUACACCUCCUGGUUAUUCGGAGUCGGCGUUGCACGUCCUCGAAAGUAUUCCAAGGCUCUAACAAUAUUUAUACGUAUUAUUCAUCUGAUCUUGUGUUCCAUUAAUGUGGCAUAUGGUGCGAAUAUCUUCAUCUACGAUUCCACCAUGUAUUCAAUUGAUAGCUACGUAUUCAAGUUUUUGUACAGCAUGAACAGGGUGAUGUGCUGGGUAUCUGCGUAUUACUACGUAUGUCACGGAAUUUGGCAGUACGAUAAGUGGCCGGAGCUGAUGGACAAAAUAAAAGAGCUCGAUCAGAAGAUCAGGAAGGAAAUAUUCAUGAAUAACCGACCUAGAGUAUUAAUAAUUGUCGAAGCGCUAGCGAUUUUGAUCACAUUCGUUUGUUGUCCUUUAUCUCUGAUCGCGCACGCUCUGUAUUAUUACUUUGUAUAUCCAGAGAUUCUUUUCACGACUGACUUGUUGUUUUACUAUAUCUUAGCUCAGUCGUUGAUCAACAGCUUCGUCUUUGAUGUUAUUGUCUAUAUGUUAUAUUAUAGAUUCCAAAAGAUAAACAAAUUGAUCAGCCAAUUGAAUGAAUUAUUCGAUGCGCAAACAAUAGCGCUCAAGAUUAGACGCAUCAGAGAAUUGCACAAUGGUACUUGUGAUCUUAUCGAUAUGGUAAAUGAUGUUUAUGGCCUUCCUCUUCUUCUCUGCUGGGGGAGCAGCUUUACAAUGAUUGUGACUACACAAUUCCGAAUCUAUGCAGCUAUCAUGGAGAACAAUUACAGAUUUAUAAUGGUACAUAAUUUUUGGUGGAUUCUAUACACUAUGCAAUUCAGUCUCAUAUGCUGGAUUUGUACUCUUGCACGUGAAGAAUCUGAGAGGACAGGGAUAAUUAUAUACUCAUUUUUACUGAAUCGCAAUAACCUGGAUGGAGAUUAUGUUAGAAACGAAGUUAAUGAUUUUUCAACUCAGCUGCAACAGCAUCGAGUAGUAUUUACAGCUUGCAAUUUCUUCGAAAUAAACAAUGAACUUUUUAGUGGUUUCGUUGGGAUAAUCGUCACUUAUCUAGUAAUCUUCAUUCAAUUUUAUAAACCUAAAUCAGUACCUGAUGCAAAUGUGAUGAAGUCAGUAGCGUUUUUACCCAAAUGGUGCAAUGACUCUAUGGCUCAGUACAAUGAUUCUAUAUCGAACUAAGGCAUAUUUUGGGUUAAUAAAAACAUUAUAAUUGUAUGUUUCAGCUGUCUCUUUCAAUCAUUUUCAAUAUGUAUUCACAAGACAUUAUAUACAGAGAAGAGCUUUACUACGAAUUAAGCUACAACAUCAAAAUAUAGAAGUUACUUAAACAACAAUAAAAUUUUUUUUAAAAAACAAUAUAAAUUAUCAUAACAGUAAGGGGACUUCGAUCGACAUAUAAAUACACUAUAUAAACAAUCAAGAAAAUUUGAUGAUCAUAGCUAAAUUUUAGUAUUAAUAUUUCUCGUGUGAUUUUAGAUACAUUUUCAAGUUCACAAAACUGCGCGCCGAAUAAAUUUUCGGUAUUUAAGGUGUCAGACCACCGAAUUUAAAAUGAGCAUAAAUUCAAGAUUUUUUAAAACAUCAACUACUGUAUAUAAUUAAGUAAUAUUUUACGGAUACAAUAUACACAAUAUGUACUGUAAAAAAGUAAAUUUUUAAAGUGCGUAAAGAUUGAGCUUAAAAUAAAGGCUGCACAAUUGUGCAUACAUAGCACAUUUGUCUUAAUGGGUAUAAAUUUUUCUCAGAAAUCAAUAGUCCGAUUGACUUCAUUUUUGGCAGAAAUAUUCUUAGAAAGAUUAUUUAUCGUAAAAUAAUUAUAUUUAAAUAAACGACUCUCGAGAUUUAACAAAAUAGGAAUAAUUAUAAGGCUAAUGAGAGUCUAGUGCGGUUAAUGUUGCGCAAAACAAAUAGAUUUAUUCAAAAGAAUUCUUGACAUUUUCGUAUGUUUUGACUCAAGUUUGGAAUCAACUUCAAAUCGUAAUAAAAUCACAUCAUUGAUUAUUUAGUCAUCGCCGAUCCAAUGUACGGAUGACUCAUUAACAGUGACUCAUUUGCACAUUUAAUCAUGAAUUCGAUUGGGAGAAUAUCCAAAUUCUUGACUGAGAAUGAUUUUUAAGUAGGCGGUUAAUGUCCAAAAUGAUGCACAUUUAGAUGCAAAAAAAUGACCUAAAUUCGCAAUCGGACACGGAAUGUCUGCAUCAUGCAUCUUUCUCAUUAUUAAGUUGUUGAAAUUAAAGAAGAGUACGCAUUUUUUUUAUAGAAAUAAAACAAUUUUUUUGAAAUCUCAAACUAAAUCUCUAAAAACUGCCUAUUGUGGUUCUUUUUUUUUCUUGAAAAAAAAAACAAUAGCGUACCAUUCUUUAAUUUUAACUUAAUAUGAUUAUCCAUUUGCACUUGAUGAAUCUAAAAGUAUUUUAUUGGUAGUGAAAAACAUGGUUCUUAGUAUCACAUAUGUAACACCAAAUUUGAAAUACCUGUAAAGAUUUCAUUAUAAAUUUUCGAAAUUUUUGUAUUUUUUUCUCAAAUUUGGCAAUCUGUACUUUGAAAACAAAGAAUUAUAGAUCCGAAUUUAUAGACGUUUCUCAGAUCUCAAAAUUAGUGUGUCUUUGUCGUGUGUACAGUAAAACGCAAUACGCAAGCAAAGAUAGACUAAUAUUAAAAUUUGAGAAGUGACUAUGAAUUUGGACCUUAAAGUACAUAUAUGUUUAUAAGAUAAUUUGUUCAUAAAAUAAAUCAAGAAUCAUUGUCUUGAAUUUUUUACGCUUACUUAGAAAUCAUCCCAUAUAUCUGUAAAAAAUUAUUAUUUAUUAUUUAUAUAAUGAACGGUUUAAAAUUAAAAUUGAGAAGUCUUACUUUUGAAAAUUUAA